CAGAGGGGGCGGGGCCUGUGCUGCCGGCGCCCGGAGCCUUCUCGCAGCCCGCGCCGAUUAGCUGUUGCUGCUUUAACGGCCGAGAGGGACGUGCGGGCAACUCGACGCCGUGACGUAGGUUCGUGCCCCUCCCAGGGGGAGGAGAGUGUGGCCGGGCCGGGCCGGACCAGGCGCGGACCCUCCCUGAACGCUGCCUGCGGCUGCCGCUGGCUAUGCCUGCAAUAUAGAAUUUUACAAAAAAACAAAAACCACAAAGGUUGCUAUCACUGGCUUAGCAGAACUGGUGUUUAUAUAGGUAACUCUUUUCCUGUUUGCAAUAAAAAUGGCAGAAGCAACUGCUGACCCUCCAGAGAAGCUUAUUGUUAUCCAUUCCAAGGCUCACAGAGAUACCAUUCUAGCUAAUUUUGCGGAACAAAGGAAAAAGAAUUUUCUUUGUGAUAUCACUUUAAUAGUAGAGGAUGUGCACUUCAGAGCCCACAAAGCUUUACUUGCUGCCAGUAGUGAGUACUUUUCAAUGAUGUUUGUAGAUGAGGGAGAGAUAAGCCAGUCAAUUUAUAUGUUGGAGGGAAUGAUUGCAGACACUUUUGGUGCACUACUGGAAUUUAUCUACACAGGUUAUCUCCAAUCCAAUGAAAAAAAUAUGGAACAAAUCUUGGCAACUGCACAACUCCUAAAAGUGAAUGAUUUAGUGUGGGCACAUGCAGAUUAUCAGACCAGCCAUAGCCCAAAUAAUGUAUUACCUCUCACAUCUAGUAGUGGUGCUUCAGUAGUUGUCUUUGCAAAUGACAAGAAAAAUGGCGAUCCACCAAAGCGAAAACGAGGAAGACCAAGAAAAGUCAAGAAUGUUCAAGAGGAAAAAUUUGGGACAACUUCUGUUGAAGAUGUGCAGCUAAGAGAGAACAAUUCAGUGCAAAAUAAACAAAAUUUUAUGAAAAAAGUUGCAGCGGAAGAAACCGUUGUCAGUGAACAAGUUCCAGUAAGGAAAGAAGUGGAAGAAACUGAGCCAGCUUGUGGUUCAGAAGCUGCUGUAGAUCUGUCAGCUGAGAAGGAUGAGAAUUAUGAUCCUAAAUCUCAAGGAAUACAGAGCAAUCAGAGUCGUUAUAGCAAACGUAGGAUACGGAGGUCUAUCAAGCUAAAAGAUUAUAAACUUGUUGGUGAUGAAGAUGUAAAAGUAUUGACAAAGAGAACUGAUAGAAAAAGAAAACGCACAGGUUCUGAAGCUUGUUGUAAAGAAUGUGGCAAAGUGUUUAAAUAUAAUCACUUUUUAGCUAUUCAUCAGAGAAGUCAUACAGGAGAACGCCCUUUUAAAUGCAAUGAAUGUGGUAAAGGCUUUUCCCAGAAGCACUCUCUUCAGGUUCAUGAGCGGAUGCAUACUGGAGAGCGACCAUAUACCUGUACUGUCUGUAGUAAGGCUUUAACAACAAAACAUUCUCUUUUGGAACACAUGAGCCUACACACAGGACAGAAGGCUUUUACAUGUGAUCAGUGUGGGAAGUAUUUUAGCCAAAAGAGACAACUGAAGAGUCAUUACCGAGUGCACACAGGCCAUUCAUUGCCGGAAUGUAACCAGUGUCAUCGCAAAUUCAUGGAUGCAGCUCAGUUAAAGAAACACCUAAGAACACAUACAGGUGAGAAGCCAUUUACUUGUGAAAUCUGUGGCAAGUCAUUCACAGCAAAAAGUUCUCUUCAGACUCACAUCAGAAUCCACAGAGGAGAAAAGCCAUAUUCUUGUGGUAUAUGUGGAAAAUGUUUCUCGGAUUCCAGUGCAAAGAGGAGACACUGUAUCUUACACACAGGCAAAAAGCCUUUCUCCUGCCCAGAGUGUAAUUUGCAGUUUGCACGCUUGGACAAUUUGAAGUCUCAUUUGAAAAUUCACAGCAAAGAAAAACAAUUGCAAGAAUCAAGCAGUGCUCCUAGCAGCAGCAAUAGCUCAGAGGAGGUCAGAAACAUUCUUCAGCUGCAGCAAUAUCAACUGUCCACAUCUGGAGGACAAGAGAUUCAGUUGCUUGUCACAGAUUCAGUACAUAAUAUAAAUUUUAUACCUGGUCAUAAUCAAGGUAUUAGUAUUGUUACUGCUGAGAACUCCCAAAAUAUGACAACAGGCCAGGCUGCUGCUAAUCUUACGCUACUCACUCAGCCACCACAACAGCUGCAGAACUUGCUUCUUGCAGCCCAGCAGGAACAAGUAGAACAAAUCCAAAGUAUCAGUAUGAUGGAGAACCAAAUAGAGACUACACAAUCUGAACAAAUGCAUGUCAUCACUCUUUCAAAGGAAGCACUAGCACAUCUUCAUGCCCAUCAGGGGCAAACUGAAGAACUUCAUCUAGCAGCAGGAGCUCAGCACAUGCAGCUGACCCAAGAACCUAGUCGUCAGUCUCAUACUAACCAAGAUGCAGUCCAGUCCCAUCAAAUUAGUGAAGAACAGAACCAAAAUGUACACAUUUCUGAAUCACAUCCGCAAUCUUUGUCCAUAAACCACCCAUCUCAUGAGCAUCAGAUUCAAGGUCAGGCUUUUUGAAAUACAAGUUAGCGUUGCUUCCUUUUAAAUCCUUGUUUGCCUUCUGGGAACUGGGCUGAAGUGUGCUGUUCGUUCAGGCAAUGACCUAUGCAUAUCACAUUUCACUUGCUGCAGCAGAUUAUCUAUUUGAAGUUGUAUUUAUUGGUGAUCUUGAUGGAUGGCUUUGUUUCCUUUAUUUUAAUCCAUUUAUUUUUAGGGUUUUAUUGCUCUAGAUGUCUGUUGAUCAACAAGCAUGGCUUCUCUGCAGGGGUCAAAAUGACUGUUAUCUGAACUAUAAAUGUCAAGGUAACCAAUAUUUUUUUCACAACAUUGACACCACAUGUCUUAUACUUAAUGAGCUUUCUCUCUCUAGGUAAAUAUAUAAUUUUCAGUGUGACCAUUCCCCUAAGUGCAUUUUAAUUCAUUGAAUACCAAAUUUGCUCCUGCUUUUGAUUGAAAUUGGUGCACUCAUAGACUGGCUCUGGUUCACUGUUUCUGUUUACUGUGUUGUACAAUUCCUGCUCACCAAACAAAUGUUUAAAUCAGUGCACUUAAUAUAGAGGCAAUGAGAUGUAGUGGCUAGAUGGACUACUGGAAAGCUUGAGUGCUAAUCUUGGCGCUGCUACUGACUUGUGUGACCUUGGGCAAGACACUUAACCUCUCAGUGCCUUAGUUUCCUCAUCUAAAAAUGGGGAUAAUGCUUAACCACCUUUGCAAAGCACUUUGAAGAUCUUCUAAUGUAAGGCGCUAUAGAUGUGCAAAGUGUGUGGUUGGGUUUUUUUCCUGACAAAACAGUCUUAGUUUAGGAGCCAGUUUAUAUUUUAAAAUCAUUAUUUUUAUAUUUUGAAAGCAGAAAGUCACAUUACUUUUAAUAAGGUAAUAUUUGUUCUUUGUUGUGACUGAAACAGUGAAUAAAAUCACUCCAGAACAUGAGCUACAAAAUGGCGCAUCUCUUAAUAGAUUUUUAAAAUAGUGCAACUUUUUGUUGACUAGAUUAGAUGUGUGCAGUUUACAUUACUAAUGCCUGACUUCUAGUGGAGAAGUGCUGAAAUAGUAUUGAAAAGACAUCCCAGAAAGAGAAGCUGGGGAAGAGCAUGGCUCUACAGCUUGGGGUUCAGUUACUAAUGAUCUGUUACUUAAUGCACUGGUAUGUAAAAAUCCUGAUAAAAUAUCAUAUGGCCAGCUACAGCAGUUUGAAGGUUGAGGCUGGGGUUAAAAAUGCCAUGUGAUUUAAAUAGGUAUCUCCUAUUUCUAGUUUUAAACAUGACAAAAACCAACUUCUGUCCUUAAUAUUUAUAUUGGAUUUUUUUCAAAGGAAGUUUCCUAUGUAAUUGGCUAUAUGCACCAUUGGCUAGACAGAAAGCCAUUGGUAUGAAAUUUCAUUUCUUGGUGUUUGCUUUGUAUCUGCAAGAUAGCUUUCAGCAAGCUACUGAGAAUGUUACUGUAAUUUGGGUAAAAAGUAUAUCUGUUUCUCCACAGAGCUGUACCAACUUUUAAGUAAGUUGAUGUGAGGAGGGGAGACAAUGGGGGAGGGGAGAAACCAAUUUUAAUUCUAAAAAUGACUCAGCUAUUUAACCUCCAACUGUAAAACUAUUGUGGUGUUUAACCUGAUUCAUUACCUAAAUUCCAUCACAAAAUGGAGAAAUACUGUCUAUAUAUGUAAUGUAGAAAGCCAUUAACAAAAGAGAAAUAGAAUAUAAUGUAACUGUAAUCCAGAAGCUAAAGAUUUUGAUGUUGCAAGAACCUAAAAGUUUAAUUUUAUUUUUUCAUCUGUUUUGUCUGGGGAAAAUAUUAUUUAACAUUUAAAUAAUCUUUACAUAGUAAAAUAGUUGUGCUUGUUAUACCAUUGCAAAAUAAAAUUUGAGUCUUAAAUAUUGCAGCAUAUA